AUGAAGCAGCGAGAUGAUCUUGGUUCUGUAGUUGCCACGCCCUUGGAAUCUCAAGAUGUACCAACUUAUUUUUUUACAUUCGGGGAUUCAUACACCCAGACCGAGUUCGCUGUCGAUGGCACACAGCCAUCUACCACGAACCCGAUGGGAAACCCGACGCUAGGGACCGGUACAACGAGUGGUGGUACCAAUUGGGUCGGAUACCUGACCACCACAUAUAAUGCCUCGCCAGUACUCAGCUACAACUUCGCAGUUGGAGGAGCGACAAUCGACAACACUAUUGUCGAUACCAAGGUCAAGGAUGUGACAACGCAAGUCCGGGACUUUGAGUUAGCAUAUAGCAAGAAGCCUGUAUCUGCACCGUGGUCCUCAAAUAAUGCGGUGUUUGGGUUCUGGAUUGGAAUCAAUGAUAUCGGCUGGGGUCAUCAAGACACUCAACCUAGUGUACUUGUGCCGACAUUAAUGGCCCAGUACAGAUGUCUUGUCGAGAAAAUAUAUGCGUCUGGCGGACGGAAGUUCCUUUUCCUCAAUGUCCCGCCUACAGAUCGGAGUCCUAUGAUCAUCAAAGAGGGACCAGAAGCCGUCAAACUAUACGCUAUGUGGGUGAAGGCUUACAACAGUGGCCUUCAAUCAAUGAUUAAUGACUUCAAGUCAAGUCACACCGACACUACUGUCGUUCUUUACGAUACCUGGUCCUUUAUGCCAAAGAUCUUGGACGAUCCUCAGACAUAUGGAUUUCCAAAUGCCACUUGUUUCAAUGAGAAUGGCACCUCGUGCAUUUGGUGGAAUCAUUACCACCCUGGGCAGAACUACCAUAAACUACAGGCAGCGGAUAUGAUACAGUAUCUGCAUCCUCUCGAUGGAAUCCUCGGCAAACCAGGAACUACCACGGAAGAGGAUGAGAAAGGGGACCAGAAGUUGCACAGAGUGUCGGCGACGCAAGAUUCGAUGCACAUUUCAUCCCAGUCGCCCGGCAGUCUCCCUCCAUUAUCCGGCUAUCAGCGGAGCCCCCAACUAGGCGAACAACCGUACAGUCUCCGCGAGCGUGUUGCGCACCUGGAGAACCUUGUAGAGGGGUUAACCAAGCGACUAGACCAACAGGAAUCUAGAGCUCGGCCUCGCGAGCACGAUGCGACAAAUCAAUCGGACAGUGUACAACCCAAUUCAGGGCCACUGGCUACCGAGCCAGACGAACUUGGCCCGUCCAGUGACCAGAUUUGCAAUGCGCCUGUCCUACAGUUGUUUGAUAACUAUCUCGUGAGCCAUGAAAAGGACUCAUCGAAUAAUGAUAAAUUCGCCGGUGUUCAGGACAUGUCGCCAAAGGCCGAAGCUGUGCGCGCCGAACUCAUUUCUCUCCUUCCCCCCGCAGAGGAUAUGAAUAAUAUAUUGAACGCGUCCUUCUAUUGGUUCGUGUGGCACGAUAAUUUCCCAGAGUUGUUCGAUCGAGAUGUCGACCGACUCAUUUUUAAUGAACAUUGCCGCGAUACACGAGUGGCUCCUGCCGAAGUCGCUAAGGCACUCGUGUGCCUAUGCAUCAGUGCGAUCCAUGCCCCGUCUACAUUUGACUUUAAUGCUUUAAUCGUGCCAUUUGAACCUCAAAGGUUCUAUGCAAAAUGCAUUGAGAUUGUGGACCGUUUAAUUGUCCGUGAUGACGACUUCGCGGCUACCUUGCCCGGUAUAGAAUGCCAGAUGUUGCUCCAAAGGGCUCACUUGACUGAUGGCCGGCUCCGGAAGGCUUGGCUGGUCAUCCGCCGGGCAAUCGAGUUUGCCCAUCUAGCCGGAAUGCAUCUGUCCACUAAGGUUCCAAUGCCAAGGGAUUCUCUAUAUGAAAGGCGCUUGAAAUUAUGGUGUUCCCUGGCAACAUCUGAUCGAUUCCUAAGUUUGAUUCUUGGCCUGCCUUAUGGUAUCGCAGAUCAAUUCUUUUUGCCACAGGCAGAGCAACGCCUCAAGUCAAACCUAUCAGCUCCCGAGGAAUACAUGUUGCGCAUUGGCAUUAUCACGGGGCAUAUGGUUGAUCGAAACCAAGACUCUUCCAAGAUGACUCUGGCAGCGACAUUACAACUGGAUCAAGAGCUGCAGGAUUCUUGGGCAUCUAUGCCAAGCCGCUACCAAGCCGCAGAGCCCUGCCAAAACGAGAAACAGGAACACUACAAUGAGAGGGUCCCGUUGCAAUUCAUGCUCAAGUUACUGCGUGCUCUUCUCCAUCUCCCAUUAAUGCUGCAAUCCCCCGAUGAGCCUCAAUUCCGUCCUUGCCACACGAUUGCAAUCCAAUCUGCAAGAGAAGGACUCAGUUUAUACAAGGCCCUCCGAUCCAUCGCCAAACCCUCUUUGUGCAAAAUGAUUGACUUUAUGGCGUUCACGCUCUGUCUUCUUAUGAUAAUACACCUGGAAGGUUAUUCCGAUGAGAGCCCAGAUCACAGUAAAUAUCAAGAUGAACAAGACUGGGAUAUGGUAAAGAAGGUCAUCGAGACCCUUCGUCUGGCAGCAACACAGCUUGGAGGCUCAGUUGCUGCCGAGUCUGCGAACAUCCUCGGCACCAUCUUCGAUACCAGAGAUUUUAAGCCCGAUUGGAGCUCCAUAUCGAGCUGUAAAAUCACAGUGCCCUAUUUUGGUACUAUCACAGUCAGUGCAGGAACCAAAUUCUCCAAAGGUCGCCACAAAAUCAAGGAGCAGCCAUCGAUAGUAUUAGGAACGAAUGGGUCGGAGGCUUCUUCUUCGGCACAAUGCCCCAGUCAGCUCUAUACAACGCCAGUGUCUGACCCUGAAUGUGGACCAAGUACCAACACCAACACUGAUUCCUUGAAUGGUGCUCCUCUUACACCUACGAUGCCUGGAUAUCCAGACGAGUCAUUGCUUUCGAGAGCUGAAACAGUGACAAACCCAUAUGCCACCCUGGAGUUCAACGCAUUUAGUGGACUGUUUGAUGAUUUUGGGCAGUAUAUGUGGCCAAACCACAGUGUUGACCUCGGACUUGACCAGGGCUGGAAUCUAAACUGGUCAGAUGGUGUACCACCACCAUGA